UCGCUCCUGCUCCGCGUCCUGCUCCCCGGGGCUGCCCGCCGCCCCCGCCAUGGGCCUGGAGCUCUACCUGGACCUGCUGUCCCAGCCCUGCCGCGCCGUCUACAUCUUCGCCAAGAAGAACGGCAUCCCCUUCGAGCUGCGCACCGUGGAGCUGCUCAAAGGCCAGCAUCACAGCGAUGCCUUUGUCCAGGUGAACCCCCUGAGAAAGGUGCCAGCCUUGAAGGACGGGGACUUCACCUUGACUGAGAGUGUGGCCAUCCUGCUGUAUCUGAGCCGAAAGUACAAGGCCCCUGACCACUGGUACCCCCAGGACCUGCAGGCCCGCGCCCGCGUGGAUGAGUACCUGGCAUGGCAGCACACAGCUCUGCGGAGUAGCUGCCUCCGGGCCACGUGGCAGAAGUUGAUGGGCCCUGUGUUACUGGGUGAACGAGUGCCCCCCGAGACGUUGGCGUCUACUCUGGCCGAGCUGGACAGGUGCCUGCAGUUGCUUGAGGACAAGUUCCUGAAGGACCAGGCCUUCCUCGCCGGGCCCCACAUCUCAGUGGCUGACUUGGUGGCCAUCACAGAGCUGAUGCAUCCCGUCAGCGCCGGCUGCCAAGUCUUUAAAAGCCGACCCAAGCUGGCCGCGUGGCGCCAGCGCGUGGAGGCCGCCGUGGGGGAGGACCUCUUCCAGGAGGCCCACGCAGUCCUCAUGAAGACCAAGGACCUGCCUCCACUGGACCCGGCCGUGAAGGAGAAGCUGAGGCCCUUGGCGCAGGUUUUGUUGCAAUGAGCGGGGGCCAGGCCUGCAGAGCCAGCGACAACGAGGGAGACUCUGUCGUCAGAAGAAAGAGAUGCCUCUCCUUGGCUGUGAGCAAGAGAUCCUGCAUAGUCUCCGGUCCGCAGUUCCCUCCAUGCAUCAGGCCUGCCUUCCUUCUUUUGUCUGUCUCCUCCCUUACCCCUUAACACUCUGACUUCCAUGUGCCCUCUGGAGAGAGCUUUAAUAAACACAUAUUGACCCUGU